AUGGGGAAAGGUGAUCAACAUUUAAGAUACGGUAGCCACAACCUUGCAACAAAACAAACUUUCAAUGAUAACCAUUCUCCUGUUGUAUUCCACGACUUAGUGAAGGCAUUCAAAUCGGCCGUACAACAAACUGAAAGAGAAGAGCAGCAAGAAACAGGAAAAUAUAAAGUAGAAGGAAGUGUUGUGUUCAAUGCGCUUGUAAACACCUGUGUACGAUGUGUGCCGACAACUUUACUUCAUAAUCUGAAAUUAAAAGACCAUAAACAAAAAAAGUUUGUUUUACCUUCCUCCAGUAAGAAAUGGAUGCGAUUCAAGCACAGUGUGAAAUCCUACUUGUCAGAUGUCAUUAGGAAAUUGGUGAGUAUAUGGAGUACUGGAGAAGAAACAAGCAGAGUUUUAGCGUUCCUUUCUAUUUACAGAUUGUCCUACAAUCUGCAGGAAUCUAUGUUGGAAUUCAGUCUGAAGCAAAUGUAUAUGGGGUACGUGAGAAACUGCAAGUUUACAUCACCCAGUGUUUUGCCCAUGAUUAAUUUCAUGCAAAGGUCAUUAACAGAAAUAUUUGCUAUUAAUAUCCAAGUGACGUAUCAACACGCAUUUAUUUACAUUAGACAGUUAGCAAUUCAUCUAAGGAAUGCAAUAACUACAAAGAAAAAGGAUACGUAUCAAGCUGUUUACAACUGGCAGUACAUACAUUGUUUAUAUUUAUGGUGUCGCGUACUGAGUACGAUUCAACCCAUUGGUAUGUUACAGCCGUUGAUAUAUCCCCUCGUACAGAUUACAAUGGGAGCAAUUAAACUGAUAUACUAUGACAUCAACCUGAUAUACUAUGACAUCAACCUGGUAUACUACGACAUCAACCUGAUAUACUAUGACAUCAACCUGAUGCACAGGACAUUAUGUGAACAAAGGGUAUUUGAGCAGACAGACUGGAACAGGAAACAUUCAAGUAUAAGUUUUAAACCUAUAAACUUUGCCAUCGUGUUGAAAUUAUCAAAGUCACAGCUACAGGAGAGAGCAUUCAAGGAUGGAUUAAUUGAUCAAUUAUAUGAUUUGUUAAUGGAACAUCUCAAUAUUCACAGCCAUUGUAUAGGAUUCCCUGAACUGGCAUUACCACUUAUAGUUGAGCUGAAAACGUUUCUGAAGAAAUGUAAAAUUGUUAAUUAUUGUCGCCAAAUGAAGUCGCUGCUCGACAAGAUACAGGAUAAUUGUGCUGUUAUCAGUAAAAGAAGAGAUGCAACAACAAUUAAUCUGAGUGAUGAUGCUGCUGUGGUAUCAUGGGAAAUCAGGUCAAAACAAGAAGGCACUCCUAUUGGUAACUUGUAUAAGACUUACAAGAAUCUACGAGAACGUGAACUAAAACAUGCUAGUAAAAAUAAGUUUGAUGAUCAUGUAGUUAUAGAAAGAAAGAAAAAGAAAGAAAAAGAUAAAAAGGAAAUGACUGGACUGUUUGUUUCAUCGGAUGAUGACAGUGAUAUUGACACAUUCUUUGAUCCGGGUGAUAAGAAAAUGAGCAUGGACAGGAAGAAAGAGAAAAGAGUGGCAGUACAAGAUGAAGUUAGUGAAAGUGAUGAUGACGACAAUACGGAUGAUGAGAAUGAGGAUGAUGAUGAAGAGGAGGUUGAUGAGAUUGUAGUGAAAGAAACUAAGGAGCAAUUACAGAAGAAACAUAAACUUGGGAAGGGUGAUGUAGACGAUGAAGAGGACAUUGUGGAAGAGUUUGAACUCUCAUCUUCUGAAGAAGAAGUAGAAAAUGACGAUGAUGAUGAUGAUAACGAUGACGACGACGACGAUGAUGAUGAUGAUGAUGAGGAGGAUUAAAAUGACUGAAUAUGUCUAAAUCUUUUUUUAUUAUGUCUAAAUUUGUGAUUAGUAGAAUGAAUAAAAUAUUUCAUUUGA